AUGGAGUUCAAUAGGUGUUUGGGUGCAUCAGCAGAAGAGGAAAAGAGAAGACCAGAGGGUGGGGAAGAUGAUAUUAGUGAUGCUGGCAGUAGUGUUGUCCAUGAAGAGUUGGAUUUGGUACAAAUGUACCUUACCUGUUUGCCUGAAAGAUACAUGAAAGCAAAAUUCACCCUGGCAGCGUAUCUGACAUGCUGGCUAGUGCUGAAACUCUGCAAGAAAGCCUGUGAGAAAAGACUCUCUGCUUCUAAAAAGGAGUGCCAAGGAAGUACUGCAAGAAGGACUGCCAGUGAAACAGAAGAGAUUACUUCUAAGAAAAGACAGCUCCACAUCCAGACCCCAGAGCCAGUUGAAAACUAUGUCAGUGAAGGAGAGUUUGAAGAUGAUCUGAGCUCUUCCACCCCCAGCACAAUAGAGCUGGAGAUACGUGGAUCCAGCCAAGAAACAGAUGAAGAUUAUUUUGAGACCCUAUCGCAUCAGAGUGGAUCUUUGUCAGAUGUGAAAACUGAGCCUUAUGAGAGUGCAUCAGACACAGAAUCUGUUGCCAGUGAUGUAACUGGGGAAACUUGCUUGGGUUCAAACUGCCUUUCUACUGAAAAAAAAGAUCUGUGCUGUAGUUUUCCUAAAGCAAAGGCAGAAACAACACUUUAUGAACAUAAGUGCUCAAGGCAACCAGAAUUUAGCCAGCAGGUGCAGUUAGAAGUGUCUUCCAAAAUAAAAGUAGCAUCAAGGAAAAAUGAAUUUUGCAUACAAACGGCGAAGUCAGAAGGUGAAGAAGUGGAGGAUGAAGAACAAACAUUAACUAGUGAUAUUUCCAAAAAAGAGAACCAAGUGAGCGAACGGGGCGUUGUAUCAAAGACAGACAGAAAGCCGGUAAUAGAAGGAUUGCAAACUAAAGCAGAAUUUGAAAGCAGAAAAGUGAAAUCCUAUACCAACUCAGUACCUGCUGAAGAUGCUGUUACAGGACAGAAGAAACAGCCUGCAGUAUUAAGUAUUGCUUGUUUCAAAGCAAACUCGGAAAGUUGCUUGAUUUUUCCAGAGAUACAGAAACUUUCUUUCCAGUCAGAUGCAGCACCAAGCUGUAGUUUACCUAAUAUUCAUUUUGAAACAAAUGGAACUUACCGUGAAAGUUACACUGAGGCAUCUGACUAUAACUGUGAACUAAAUCCUAUGUCCAAUAUAAAAUGCAGCAGGAGGAACUCAGUUAACGGUGAGGAAAUCACAGGUAAAAGGAUAAAACAAGGAAGUACAGAGGCCAUGUUGACAUCAGAUUCAUUCUUUUACCAGAGCCGCCUCAAAUCAAAAUCUCAGCCACCACUCAUGAGGUCAGAGAUUGCAGAAAGUAAAACAUGGCACAGCGUACCUGAAAAUAUAAGUGCUCAAGGCAAGAGAGAGUAUGUGGGGAACUGUUAUCAUCUGACAGACAAAUUUAGAUGGUCGUGUUCCAGAAUACAUCUUCAAGGGCUGGAUUUUGAAUACACUUGGAAAAACUUAGGAAGGGUAGCUGUCAGCCCUGAAAAAACAAUAGAAGUAGAUGGCAAAUUUGACAUAAAAAGAUCCCUUCUUAAUACCAGUGUAGACUUAAAUGGAGGUCAACUUUCUCAACCAGCAGGCUCCUGCCAAUAUGUUGAUUUUAAUUUGCACUCUAAAUCAGAGACAUGUGGCCUUAGCCCAGAAGCAACAGGUUCGUGUGCCGAUAGCUUAUCUUCAGCACUGAUAGAUGCUUGUGAGUGCAAUCCAAAACAAAAAGAGACUUUAUCUGCUGUGGCUUGUGAGCCAGUGAUCAUAAAUGCUGAAGAACUAAUACAAAAUGAUCAGUACAAAUCUGAGACGGAUUGGGAAGCGCAUAGAUUUCCUUGUGAUAUUAGCAUUGAAUCUGGCUUUGGUGACGCUGAGUACCCAGCAGCCUGUCUCGUAGGUUUUCCUGAUGUUGUAGAAAGCAGAGAUUGUGAUUAUUCUGUGAACUAUGUUUCCACUGGUAAAACACAGCAGAACAGUUUGGAGGACAAUGGCCUUGAUUCUGAGUUGUCAGGUAUGGAAGUCACGGUAGGGAAAAGAGGAUUAGAAGAACCUUCUAACCUUGGUUUUGGUUGGAAAGUCCUGGAAACUACAUUGCAACCAGGUGGCAGUAACAUUAGGGCAGAGCAAAAAGAUUCAGUACAGCAAAAUACAAAUCGCAAAACUGGUGCCUUAAGGAGUCACGGUGAGCCAGUAACAAAUGAACAUCCGACUUAUCAAAGAAAGGAUGAGGACAGUGUCUUCGCUCUUGAAAUGACUCCCAGAUCAGCUUAUAUAUGCCAGGGAAGACAUUUAGUGAAUCUUCCAGAGUUAAAGCCUGCCUUGAUUAUAAUAUCUGUAGAGCAGAAAGGAUUACAGUCCAAGACACUAAAUGAUGACCUUUCUACUGAAACAGUAACUGGAACACUGAGAGACAUAGUGAGCAAAGAUUUGGUGUCUCCUCAAGGUGUCAGCAAAGCUCAUGAUGAUCCAGAGAGAGUUCUGAGAGAAUGCUAUAGCUGUGAAGAACAAAUUCUGUCCAUCCACCCCUUUCCUAGUAGUGCAGAGGUACUCCCUGCUUGGGAUACAGCUGAAGAAAAAUCAGAAUUUUCACAACAGCAAAGAGAGAAAACAGAUUUGGUUUCAUCCUUAGGUUUCAGCUGUAGUAAUUCCACAGUAACAAGUGGAAAGGUGGAAUCUAGGAGUGUUACUCUGCCCUUGGGCAAUGAUAUACUUGUUGCAGAAGACGGGGCAGAUAAAUGUGAUGAAGCAGUCUUGAAAUCACAUAGCAGAACUGGGGUUACAACUUCUGAGGUAGAGCCCCACAGAACAAGGACAAAUUUUGAGUUAGAGACAGAACGAUUGAAAAAGUCAUGGGCUGAAACAAGAGAUAAUCAGGUGACCAACGAAGAGGAAUUCAAAGUACAUCAAGGUAGAGAGGAAGACAUAUAUAUAACCACGGCAAUAACACUGGAAAUGGACAGUGUAAGCAAUCUGUGUCAGGGAGAUGGUACUGAUGACCUUCAAGGGCCCAACAUCACCUCUGAACAAGCAAUAGGCAAGCAAGGAACCAAAGGCUGUAAUGGUUCAAAGGAACAAAUGCAUAUUUGUGAAGAUCCUUUUACUAGAGGAAAAAAAGAGGGCUGUGCCACAGAAGACACAGCCAGCUCUAGCAAAGACAGUGCACUGAAUCUGGAUGUGUCUGAUGUCUGUAACUAUUCUGUAAAAAGGGAGACCCAUAAUGCCUGCAGGGUAGGCCUAGAUAAUAUAAGUACCUGCAGCACUAACAGUGAGGAGAUGGAUGAGCACUCCUACCACCUCCUGGGAAGUAACAGCAGUCUCCAUAAAGCUGUGCAAAAACCAGCAAAGAAUGGAAAUACUGGGAAAUCUCCCAGGUUUUUGGUUUUCUCAAAAAUGACAUCUUUCAGGAAAACGAAGCCUGCCACAGCAGAAACUCAAGGAAGCAGCAGCUUCUUUGGAAGCAAGGCGAAAACAGAAGAACUGGAUGUUGGGAAAGAAGAUGAAGACACUGAAAGUUUGCAGUCUUUUAAAAGUUACUCAUCUGGUUUUGGUUUCCACAGGAAGGAAAGCUAUGCCUCUGAGUAUUCUGAUGACGAUGAUUUAUUCUAUGAGAGACCUGCAGGACUAUUCAACAGAAUGAGCCUGAGGAAGGCUUCUGGCUCUGGAAGGAUACUGAUGGAAGAUAUAGAUACAAAUUCUACUUCUCCCACACUGGCAGCUGUCAAAUAUGCAGAUGGACAAGAUUCAGCUUCAUUUGAAAACAAUGACAAUGAAUCUUUGGAAUACCCACGAAUUAGAAAAUCCUUCCCUGAAAAUGAGUGCAAAAGAAACAAAAACCCUGAGGGCAAGAAGUUCAGAACAAGGCUGGCCUUGGCACACAAAUCCCUCUCAAGCUUAUUUGAAUCCAAAUCUCCAGAAAAAGAAAACACUGAGCAAAGCUCUAGAGUAUCACUGAAAUGUGAAAAGGAGAAAGCCAAACUUCGCCAGGGCACCUGGAAAGCUUUUCUAAAAAGCAAGGAAGCAGAUGGACUAAAAAGGCCUAUCCUGGCAAGCUUAUUACCCACACAGGAGAGUCUUAACACAAGUAGGGACCAUGUGGUGAGAACAUCAGUAGAGAGACAGGACAGUUCCAAUGGGCAAGCAUUUUUGAAAACAGGAAAAGCUAAUGGCUCCUUGACAGAUGUCAACUAUUCUGACACCUCUGUGGAGCCUGUUGAUAUCUCUUCACCUGCAGAUACGUGGAGAAAACAAAUACAGUCCCAUGACUUGGGCAUGAAAUAUGCACAGAGCUCAGACUGUGAUGAACAGCGGGAGGCCCUGGGCAACAAUUUAAAUACUUCUCUAGAGGAAUAUUGGAUGAAAUCUCCAUUUAGUCCCAGUGACUUCCAGUUACCUUUUAGUCAGUCAAGUCCAUCAUGUCCCCAACUCUCAACUUGUGAAGGUAAAGAUAUGCCAUGUAGGCCCAUGAGUCCUAAACCACAGAGUCCACGAUCCUCUUCUCAAUGCAAGAGCUUCCGUUAUCCUGGAAGAGUAUGUGCCACUUCAAUGAUCUCUCUUGGGAACAGCACUGCAAUUGACAGCAAUUUAGAAGCUCCUGAGAGACCAAAGACACUGAAACCCAGAGGUAGUCUCUUACUUGCUGUACACUCAUUGGACAAUGAAUACCAGAAGGAUGACAGUGGGAUAAGCAGUCAGUCCCAGAUCAGCUUAAACACAGCCUCUUCCAUUAGUGACAUACUCAGAGAUGAGGAGUCUAAACAGCAAUGUCAGACACCACCUGAAAAGAGGCCAAGUGAGAAAUGGGUUCCCCAUCACAAAAGGAGGCCCCCCCAGGUUCCACCAUCCCCACACCCUCUCUUAACCCUUGAGAGCAAAGCCCGGAGGCUUUCCUUCAUUGCUCCAGAUGAAAAAGCCAAGGAGAUUCCAGAGAGGAAGAGGAAGAAACCUAAACCCCUCUAUAAGUGCUUCAGCUUCGAUGAUGUUUGGAUGGAGAGGAACCAAAAAAGGAAGCUAGAGAAGGAGAGACAGCCAGAGAGAGGAAUUCAAACACAGCACCUCCCAGAAGACCAGUUAAAAGCUGGAAUGAGUCCAUCCGUUACUUCUGCUGUUGCCUUUGACAUUCUGCCACUUAAGCUGCAUCCAUUUUCCCAGAGCACUCCAACAGGCUUAGACUGCGUCGGCUGGAAACAGCGCAUUUCCUUUCCUGGUGUGUACGCUGUUCUUACUUUGAAACGUGUU